CACGACUACUCUCGAUCUUUCGAACAUUCAUUCCGCCAGCCAACAACCGCCAAAAUGGGUCGCGUCCGUACCAAGACAGUCAAGCGCUCCGCUAAGGUCAUCAUCGAGCGUUACUACCCCAAGUUGACCCUCGACUUCGAGACCAACAAGCGCAUCUGUGAUGAGAUCGCCAUCAUUGCCUCCAAGCGUCUUCGCAACAAGAUCGCUGGUUACACUACCCACUUGAUGAAGCGCAUCCAGCGUGGUCCCGUCCGCGGUAUCUCCUUCAAGCUUCAGGAGGAGGAGCGUGAACGCAAGGACCAGUACGUUCCUGAGGUCUCCGCUCUCGACGUCUCCCAGACCGAGUCCGGCCAGCUCGACGUUGACGCCGACACCAAGGACCUUCUCAAGUCCAUGGGCUUCGAUAACCUCAAGGUCAACGUUGUUGCCGUCAGCCAGCAGCAGCAGGCCGAGCGCCCCCGUCGUUUCGGUCCCCGCUAAAUCCAGCGCCCGGACUAACGAAAAAAAAAAGUUCAUACCUGGCCUUUGGUCGACCCUGGCGGUACCCCGACAAUGUCUGUUCUGGCUGGCUUUUCGCUCGGCUAGCAUG